CUGGGCUUGACAUUGGAUCUCGAGAGAGAGAGAUGUCUUCAGUAAUGGGCGACCGAGAUUUCCUACUCGACCAUGAGCAGCUGCGCUCGCUUGCCAAGGUGAUGUACUACCAGGAAGCGGAGGCCAUCCACAACACCAACUUCAAAUCCGAAGACGAACUUGCCCACUACCUCUCCCAUUCCAAAUCCAAUUACCAAUCCGUAAUUGGCCUCCUGGACUCUGCCUCCGAUGCAGCCACCAAGUUUCAGAGCGCCGCCGCUCCAGCCUCUGAUGCCGCCACCCCCGCCGACGCCGCCCCCACGGCCGCCGCCUGGCAUCGCGCUAACGUGGACUAUGCCUGUUACAUUGUGAACACACUCAACGUUGCAUUCCAGCACGUGAAGGAUUUCAAUGUGCGAUUUUACUACGUCAGGAAACUACGCAAACAUUGCAAGUCCCUCGAGAGUCGGCAGAUAGAGAUGCAGCCUCUCAUUCCAAGCCAGCCGCCAGCCGGGGAAGAUAACGUGCCCGGCCCAGCUGGCGAGCAGACUUCUCCUGGCGAGGUUCCCAGCCCCAGCGACAGAGUUCCCGAUGGUGGUCCGGAUACUAAGACGGCGCCGGCGGAGGAGACUGAGGGCCCAAUCGAACUUGAUAAACUACUCGAUGGGGAACACGGGGAGACGAUGGAGGUUCUUCCAGAAACAAACGUGGCCGAGGAACUAGCCAACCUCAGGACGGCUUCUCAAGAGUACGCUAAUGCUGCUAUUAAUCGAGCACCUGGCUCCACCAUCGACAUCUCCGAAUUUCACAAACAACUCGAAAGAGCCCGGGUCAGUCUUGGAUAUGAGAAGCCAUUCUUGGAGCUCAAGAACGGACAGAAGCUAAAGGUGUUCAACAAAAUUCUGGAGGAAAAUAAAGUAAUAAAGGUCUUGGACGGCGUGGGUAAAGUAGCGAACGCGGGGCUGCUGCUUCUGACGGUGGUGCUAAUAGCUUGGGAUCUGUCGGCCGCCCCGCCGGAGCAACGCGGGACGAAGCUCGCUCGUGAGAGCUUGGUGGCUUUAGGAGCGUACUUAGCCCCGGAGGCGGUAUCUGCCGUGUCGAGUGCCGUGCUUGACGCCGCGGGGGUCGAGGUCGCUGGUUUCGCCGUCGCUCUCGGCGUAUCCGAGGUCGUCUUGUCGGCGGUCGCAAUUGGGACAGGCAUUGGUAUAGGCAUUCUGGCCGGCUUAGCCGUCGGCUGGAUAUUCGAUGCCAUCUACAACUACGAAUCCAGUUACCCUCUCACCACUGAGGGCCACAAGGUCUUCGUCGUCCCCAAGCCUGAUGUCAAGGCUCUGGCUCGUCGAACUGCCAUCCAAUGUAAUUAUAAUCCAUCACAAUGA